AUGGUCUGCUGUUUCCAAUGGUACGGGGCGAGCCAGAGGCCUGCUUGCGAGGCAUGGAUGGAGAUAAGCAUCGGCGGCGUGCCGAAAGGUAGAGUGACUCUCAGACUCUACGACGAGAUGGCGCCCAAGACCGUGAAGAACUUCAAAGCGCUGUGCACCGGCGAGUGCGGCCUCGGCGCGACGACGAAGAAGCCGCUGCACUACAAGGGCUGCCCGGUCCACCGCGUCAUCCCGGGCUUCAUGAUCCAGGGCGGCGACUUCUCGAACAAGAACGGCACGGGCGGCGAGUCCAUCUACGGCGGCAAGUUCGCGGACGAGCCGUUCGCCGUCCGCCACACGCGCGCCGGGCUGCUGAGCAUGGCCAACGCGGGCCCCGACACGAACGGCUCCCAGUUCUUCGUGACGCUGGCGCCGACGCCGCACCUCGACAACAAGCACGUCUGCUUCGGCGAGGUCUCCGGCGGCAUGGAGAUCAUCCGCGCCCUUCUCGCGCGCGGUAACGUCACCUCAUGA